UAAACAACAUCAAUGCACAGUAAUUCAUUAAUUGAAGAAUAUUUAUGACAUAAGAUAAUAUCAAUUAAGCGAUGCAGUAUUAUUUAACCAUUUCUUGAGUAAUCUGUGAGUUUUCAAGCGUCUAUUACACUCAACAAGUAUUAUUUUGCAGUGAAGAUGUGCAAUAUUAUUUAUUUUACUUUAUUAAUUGUAAUAUUUAAUCCAAAAAAAAUUCACAGUCAAUUAACAGCUUCAGAAGGUCCAGAUUACACGACAAUAAUUGAAAAGUACUCUAAUUACAAUUUAGAACCAAGCAUAGAAACAAAUCAGAAUAGUGUGGAAAAAUUAAUCCAAGGCGCAAGAAGUGUCGGGAAAUUUUUUAAUCAAAAUUCUACAUCAAAUCCUGAAGAAUCUUCUGGAAUUACAGGAUUUAUUAAGAAUUCUGUGAAGAUGAUUCUUAAGCCUGUUGUAAAAGUUGCUGCUGAGGCUGGAAAAGGAUUUGGAGCGUUUUUGAACGAGCACAAAGACCAGCUUCGAUUAAUAUACCCUGGCACUAGGUGGUGCGGUGACGGAAACAGAGCUAAGAGUGAAGAAGAUAGAGGUUUCUUUGAAAGUACUGAUACUUGUUGCAAAAAUCAUGACCGAUGUCCGUUUAAUAUACAAAGUGGAAAAAGUUUUGGUCCUUUAAUUAAUAAUGGCGCUUUUACAAGGUCAUGGUGUGCUUGUGAUCAUGCAUUUUAUCAAUGUUUAAAGAACGCCAACAACCCAAUUGCUAAAGAAAUUGGUCAUACUUUCUUUACAUUUCUAGGACCUCAGUGUAUUUAUUACGGAUAUCCAAUUGUGUCCUGCGCUGAAUACGGAGGAAAAAGGCUGUUUGAAAGGAAGUGUACUCAAUAUCAAGUUGAUAUAUCAAAAAAUUUUACACUUCAAUGGCUUGAUAAUCCGGAUUUUUAGUUA